AUGUCAAGCAACCGAAUGCUUGAUGUUUUGAAGAAGAGGACUUCGUCCUCUUUUGAUGGUAGACUUGGCACCAACUAUGUUCCUACUGCCGCACAAACUAAGGAAAUCAAAGCUCACAUAGAGGAGUCAAAGGUGGCGCUCUCUACUAUGAGGACCACCAUGACACGCCUUAGGUGCAUGCUGGACCAGCUCGAAAGCAAUGAAGCAGAAACACAAAAAUACGUCGAGGACUGUGAGGCUCUAAUCACGCUUGCCAGACGUAUGCCACCUGAGAUCGUGUCCCACAUAUUCGAAUACUGCAUACCUCCUGAAGGAUCUCGACCAUCUGUGUCAGAAGCUCCACUGCUGCUCAGUAGGAUAUGUAGGCAUUGGCAAGAGGUCGCUCUCGCGACACCUCAACUCUGGUCCGCGAUCAGACUUCAUCUUCCUGCAAAUAUAUUUGAAUGGGAUACGGCUUUGUUCAGGCAUGUCCAGGCCUUGCAGUUCUGGCUCGAUCACUCGGGCAAUCUUCCCCUGGAACUGGCCAUCUCUCACGACACACACCCUUCUAUCCUCAUAAAUCAUUUCGAUCAAGAAAGAUUCUUGUUUACCUCUGUGGCAUACCAGCUGCUCUUUGAUCACAUCCAAUCUAAUUGCCAUCGCCUACUUACUUUAUCUGUUACUAUGCCUAUCUAUUUCUUCCAUCACUUUAGUCUAAUUUGUGGCCAGCCACUCCCUGUGCUAGAGGAGGUUAGCCUUCGUCCGAGCGACAUACCCCUCCAGUCUGGCCAUUUGCCCAUCAUCAACUUCUGCAACGCUGAUCGUUUACGUUCGUUAUCCACCACCAUUCCUUUCCAUCGGAUUGGUGACUUUCACGUCCCGUGGCAUCAGCUUACUCGGUUACGACUGAAAGAAGAGCAUCCCACCCAGUUCUCGCUAUCCCUAAACGACUACUUCUCAAUACUUCAACAUUGUACCCAUCUCGAAGUAUGCACCCUCCACAUCUUCGAUGGUCUAUUCCGUAGACCGACAUCUCCCCUGGUCAUCCCAUCACUGCAGGACUUCCAACUGCACGUAGUGAUGUUUUUCCAGUCACGCGAUUCUCGGUUGGGGGACUUUUUAAGCUCCCUCGUUCUUCCUUGCCUUCAGCGGCUUCACAUCAGCUGUGCGGUCAUACCAAGGCCGGUCCAAGUACCGCCUGGAACAUAUCAACUCGAACUUACCAGCUUCCUCCUCCGAACUCGUCGCCAGCUCCAAGCUCUCACGCUAAAAGACGUGCCUAUCACAUCCAGUCAGAUAUUCGCGUGUUGUUCGAUCUCGCCCCAGGUCACAAACUUAAAGCUUCUCCCCAUGUAUCCUUUAAAAAUAGAUAGCGAGAUCAUACAAGCGUUGACACCUGUAGACGGCAUACCGGCUCUAUGUCCAAAGCUUAAGGCACUCGAACUUGGGUUUGGUUCUCUGUUCGAGAGCGAUCCACUGCUCGAAAUGGUUUCUGCGCGGAACGGACGAUUACCUUCUGACGAGAGUGGAGUCCCCGCGCUGGAUAGCGUGGCCAUUGUGCUCUACAGGAACCAUUUUCCCUCACCUCCGCCCGACACUAAGACCCGCAUGACUAGAUAUAAAUCACGUCUUCAGUAUGCACUCACAAACGGAACGGCAGACGUCAUAUGGGGCUAGCACCCGACUACUCAAGCUUCACAAGUAGCAUUCGUCGCCGAG